AUGUUACUAAAAUCUGUGAUGCCGCGUUUCAGUUAUCACCUACAUAAUAUUAGAAGGAUUGAGAAGUAUUUAUCUCGCGAUUCGUUACUAACGCUUAUUCAUGCUUUUAUCAUUAGUCGUUUAGACUAUUGUAAUGGACUUCUGUAUGGCCUUCCUAACUCGCAAAUAGUUAAAUUGCAACGUGUGCAGAAUGCUGCAGCUAGACUCGUACUGAGCUUAAAUAAGUACUCGCAUAUUUCUCCCGCGCUUUAUCAACUUCACUGGUUACCAGUACAACAUCGUGUUCAUUUUAAGAUCUUUAUUUUAGCAUUUAAAGCUAUUCAUGGAUUGGCGCCUAAGUAUAUCAUAGAACCAAUUAACAUUAAGCCUAGGUCUAUAUAUAAUCUUAGAUCAAAUCAAAGCUUAUUGGUAGACCCUCCUAAAGGGAAAAUGCUUGUCACGUUAGGUGACAAAUCUUUCUCUGCUGCUACCCCAUAUUUAUGGAAUAGUUUGCCGGCUGAAUUACGUGAUACAAUAAUCCAUUCAUAA